AUGGCUGAGGUUAUUGCCAUACUGUCCCUCGCGGGUCAAUUGUUUACAGGCUGCGUUCAAGCAUAUCAUAUUCUGGCCACUGCGUAUAAACGGGGGUCUGUCUCAAAGAAAUAUCUUCUCGAGCUCGUCAUUGAACAAGUACGGCUCCUGCUCUGGGGCCGCAAUUCAGGCGUGAGCGAUGGCUCCUUAAAGCCGUCGCUGCACAGUAUAGCGUCUCUCAUCACUGGGAUACUCCAAGAAAUGAGAACUACACUACAAGAUUCCGCGAAGCUGAGAACGCAAUACGGUCUUGAUAUCUCCAAAAUCUCUCCAAACUCUGAAAAAGAGGAUCUGAAGGAGGCAGAGCCUGCCGUUGGUGGCGACGGGACAGCCGAGAUGGCUUUGCAGAGCUCGCUGUUUAGGAAGCAACGACACCACAUCCGACAGACCCUUUCCGAAUCCCUUGAGCCGGUCGAGAACGCUUUCAAGUCGCUGCGUUGGGCAGUUGCUGAUAAGACAAAGUUCGAAAUUCUUGUAGGGGACUUGAGGCGGUUCAAUGACUCCUUGAUCUCGCUUCUCCAAGAGUCGCAGAGAGCAAAGAGCGACAACGACUUUCGGCAGUGGGAGAUGGAGCUCGUUGGUUCCGAGAAUGCGGAACUGCUCACAGAAAUCCAGAAUGCCUCGGCACAUUCCUACCCGCAUCUAUAUGCCCUUGCAGGCCAGAAGGCUCUUGGGCUACGGUUGGAAACCGGCAGCCUUUCUCAGCAGAGACCGGAAAUCGAGCCGAAAGUAUUUGAGCUGCAGCGGACGACCAAGGGCAGUCCCAAUGUUGACGAGCCUCUAUGGAAGGACAUAGAGAUGCAAAAUAUUCACUUGGACCUGUCUCUUUCCCAGGAGGCCGGAUCGCGAAUAGUUGCGCGCCUUGGUGGGGAGCAAGUCUUCAUAGAGCGGCGACUAUAUGAGUCAGGUGCAGAUUCCAUCGUUCGCCAACGCAUUUCCGAACGUCUAGCAGAACUCGCUGCUCGUCUCCAUAAGCAACCACAGCCUUCUGGGCUCUGUGCACUCCAUUGUCGUGGAUUCUUCACGGAUCGAAAGUCAUUCAGCUUCGUCUUCGACCCUCCAGUGACCUCAACCGACACCACAAGCGGCGGGGACUCCCUUGCAGUGAAGUUUGUAUCGCUCUCCGACCGCCUGGCAAGCGGAGCUCCGCCCUUGGAAACCCGUUUGGCGCUCGCAAGCAAACUGGUCGCCUGCUUUUCUGAGUUCCAGGCCACUGGUUGGCUGCAUAGAAACGUGAGCAGCCAGAAUAUCAUCUUCUUUGACGAGACCUCGUUGCUUCAUCCAUUCGUCGGCGGAUUCGAGUACUCUCGCCAGGGCGGCCUAAUAAAGAGUCUUGGUGUAGCUCCGCCGUCGAUCUACCAGCAUCCUGAGUACCACGGCGAGCCAACGAACAAGUACUGCUUUUAUUACGACGUCUACAGCCUUGGGCUGGUGUUGUUCGAGAUUGCACAUUGGCGCUCGCUUGAUUAUUUUGUCUCUAGGAAAUGGGGAAAGCUGAGCUCGUGGGAUCUACGCAAGAAGGUUUUAAGCGAGGUGGACACUGACCUGGUAUUUCGACUAGAACUCCGGAAUUGGGAGCUCGCUGGAGCAAGAGAGGCUCUACGGGAGCAGAAGAAGCAGAAGGAUCAAGGCAAGACCUUGCCUCUGAUGUUUCGCGAUCUCAACAGGCCUGGAAGCGACGACGAUGAAGAUCGCAGCGAUAUUGAAGCUCCGGAGGGCGACGACGAGGCCGAAACUGGUGUUGCAGACGCUGUUGGAGGCACUAGAGAUGCUCAAAUUGACACUGAAAACGCUGUUUUAGAGACUAGAGUUACGCCCGCAACACCAGAACAGGAAAUUAUUCUUGAUCCAAUGCUCGACGUACGCUGGCGAGCUUGUUGGGGUGACCUAGAGAGGAAUGCGAUCGCGCAGGCCUGUGAUUGCGACCCAGCGAUCCGCCUGUCGCGGCUCACGUCCACCGGCACCUGGGACUGGGUUGAUGGCGUGUUGGCGGACGUUCUGCCUAGAGUUGCCAUAGUUGUCAGCCUUGUUGCGGUUGUAUAUACGCGGAAGGAGGCCAAAAAAGAGCGUAGAAACAAGCGGUUGCGGCGCAACGAAAUACUUAACUGGAUUGGUUUUAAGGACGUCGUGAAGGGCGUUGACGUAAACAUUCAGGCAGCUCGUCCAGCGCCGGCGAGAGCUCGUACGGCGACGGUGAUACAAGAGGAAGGUCUCGCUGGUGUUGUAGCAGCUGAGCAAGCUGGGUCUGGGUGGGCGAUGGCUAUACGAGAUCAGUGGAGGUGUCAAGAUGCGAAUUGUGGCAAUCACCCAUACGUUUGCUGGCUCCCGCGCACUCCAGGACAGCCAGAUCGCUUCGAGAAACACCUUCCAGUUAAUGGCAAUAUCAUCGCGAUGUGGGCGCGCGAGCUUGCUGGUGGAACAGGCAGCGUCCACAACCCUUCCGACGACGUCCGCCUGGCUAUUGUGCGAGCUAAGGAUCGCGCUGAUGCUGAGAAAUCUAGGCGACGGGGCGCUGUUGAUAGUGGUGGAGGUGGUGAUAACGAGAUCGCGAGCUUGACGAAACUGCUUAUUGUCAACCAGUUGAAGCAGCUAACCGGGCAUACAAACCAGGCUUUUGUGCAAGCUCAACAACCGGAAAGCUCGCUAUCAUGGGAGCCGUUCGAGUAUACCAAUUGGAUAGAAAUCUCUCGUCAUACGAAGAACUUCUUCGACUGGUGGGCGGGCCAGCGUACGUCCGGUUUCGCGAGCAGUUACAUCAAAACCAUGUAUCGCAGCGUCUGCGUAGUAAUGAGGUUGGAUAUCAACAUCCUGCUCGACAAUACGGACAACGGUUGCUCAAUGAAACUGUGGGUUGAGCAAACUGAGUUUCCGAUCGGAGCUUUAAUUCGGUUAAGAGAUGCAGCGAAACGAUGGAGGUUGCAAUACGAUGGGUUUACUGAGCAAGACCUAGAGCGUAUUGAAGCUGCGAAGCAGCGAGAUCGCGUACACGAGCCAAGUAGCGAUAUUGAAGAUCUUUCAUAA